AUGGAAAAUGGAAUAGUUAAUCCCAAAACGAUAGUAUCUGCAAACUCGACAGCCAACUUUUCAUGUUAUAGUGGAUACAAGCUUACAGGUGAAUCAAUGCUCACUUGUCUGCCGAAUGGAACGUGGAAUCUUAAUCCCCCAACAUGCAUUGUAAAAAAUUGCACAUCUUUGACGCUGGAAAAAGGAAUAGUAAAUUCAAAAAUGAAAGUAUCUACAAACUCGACAGCCAACUUUUCAUGCUUUAGUGGAUACAGUCUUAAAGGUGAAUCAGUGCUCACAUGCCUGCCAAAUGAGACGUGGAAUCUGAAUCCCCCAACAUGUAUCGUUAAUAACUGCAAGGCUUUGUCGCUGGGUAAUGGAGUAGUAAAUCCCAAAACGAUAGUAUCUGCAAACUCGUCAGCCAACUUUUCAUGCUAUAGCGGAUACAGUCUUACAGGUGAAUCAAUGCUCACUUGUCUGCCAAAUGGGACGUGGAAUGUGAAUCCCCCAACUUGUAUCGUUAAUAAUUGCAAAGCUUUGACGAUGGAAAAUGGAAUAGUAAAUCCAAAAACGAUAGUAUCUGCAAACUCGACAGCCAACUUUUCAUGUUAUAGUGGAUACAAGCUUACAGGUGAAUCAAUGCUCACUUGUCUGCCAAAUGGGACGUGGAAUCUGAAUCCCCCAACAUGUAUCGUUAAUAACUGCACAUCUUUGACGCUGGUAAAUGGAGAAGUUAAUCCCAAAACGAUAGUAUCUGCAAACUCAACAGCAACUUUUUCAUGUUAUAGUGGAUACAGUCUUACAGGUGAAUCAAUGCUCACUUGUCUGCCGAAUGGGACGUGGAAUGUGAAUCCCCCAACAUGUAUUGUUAGAAAUUGCACAUCUUUGACGCUGGUAAAUGGAGAAGUUAAUCCCAAAACGAUAGUAUCUGCAAACUCGUCAGCCAACUUUUCAUGCUAUAGUGGAUACAGUCUUACAGGUGAAUCAAUGCUCACUUGUCUGCCGAAUGGAACGUGGAAUUUAAAGCCCCCUAGAUGUAUUGUUAGAAAUUGCACAUCUUUGACGCUGGAAAAUGGAAUAGUGAAACCAAAAACGUUAAUAUCUGCAAAUUCGACAGCCAACUUUUCAUGUUAUAGUGGAUACAGACUAACAGGUGAAUCAAUUCUCACUUGUCUGCCAAAUGGGACGUGGAAUCUGAAUCCCCCAACAUGUAUCGUUAAUAAAUGCAAGUCUUUGUUGCUGAGAAAUGGAGAGGUAAAUCCCAAAACGAAAGUAUCCGCAAACUCGACAGCCAACUUUUCAUGCUAUAGUGGAUACAAGCUUAUAGGUGAACCAAUUCUCACUUGCCUGCCAAAUGGAACGUGGAAUUUGAAACCACCAACAUGUGUUGUUAAAAAUUGCACAUCUUUGACGCUGGUAAAUGGAGAAGUUAAUCCCAAAACGAUAGUAUCUGCAAACUCGUCAGCCAACUUUUCAUGUUAUAGUGGAUACAGUCUUACAGGUGAAUCAAUGCUCACUUGUCUGCCGAAUGGAACGUGGAAUGUGAAUCCCCCAACAUGUAUCGUUAAUAAUUGCACAUCUUUGACGCUGAAAAAUGGAAUAGUAAAUCCAAAAACGAUUGUAUCUGCAAACUCGACAGCCAACUUUUCUUGCAAUAGUGGAUACGAGCUUACAGGUGAAUCAAUUCUCACAUGCCUGCCAAAUGGAACGUGGAAUUUCAGGUCACCCAGAUGUAAACUUAAAAAUGUUGUUGGAGAUCUGGAAGAAGAAGAUGAUGAUGAUGAUGAUGUUCAUGACGACGACGACGAAAUACGUCAAAAACAGAAUAUUGAUGUAUUGUGA